GCGGGACCUGCAGCCCGCCCUCGGGGGGCGGGAGGCACCCAACGCCCCACGCCCGCCUACUCCGCCCACCCCCGAUCCCCUUAGUGGCCAGACGGGGACGCAGCGUCGCGGCCGCCCCGACGCCGCAAAGCGUCCUGGGAGCGCCGGCUCGCGCCGGAAGAACGCGAGGGCGCUCGGCGGCGGCGAGGUUAUAAAAGGGAAGAAGGCGGCGGCGGGCGGAAGUGGGCGGUUCGGCUGCUCCGGGCGCUGUUGUUUGGUGUUUGGGCCUCCGGAGGGGCGUUCUCUAGAGGGCCGCCGGUGCAGGCCGCAGUGACAGGGCCGCUCGCUCCCGCGCGCCGCGCCUGUCUCCCGGUGCAGCUGUGCUCGCGGCCUGUAGGCCCAACAUGGCGCAGGACGUGUCGGAGUACCUGAGCCAGAACCCGCGGGUGGCCGCCUGGGUGGAGGCGUUGCGCUGCGACGGCGAGACUGACAAACACUGGCGCCACCGCCGGGAUUUUUUGCUCCGCAACGCCGGGGACCUGGCCCCCGCUGGCGGCGCUGCCUGCGCUAGCACGGAUGAAGCUGCCGACGCCGAGAGCGGGACCCGGAACCGGCAGCUGCAGCAGCUCAUCUCCUUUUCCAUGGCCUGGGCGAACCACGUCUUCCUCGGGUGCCGAUACCCUCAAAAAGUUAUGGAUAAAAUACUUAGUAUGGCUGAAGGCAUCAAAGUGACAGAUGCUCCAACCUAUACAACAAGAGACGAACUGGUUGCCAAGGUGAAGAAAAGAGGGAUAUCGAGUAGCAAUGAAGGGGUAGAAGAGCCAUCCAAAAAACGAGUUCUAGAAGGAAAAAACAGUUCUGCAGUUGAGCAAGAUCACGCAAAAACUCCUGCCAAGACAGAACGUGCAUCAGCUCAGCAGGAAAGCAGUUCAGCAUGUACAGCGUCAGCCGCCAAAUCAGAGAGUGGGAACUCAACUCGGAGCUCUGGCAUCUCCAGUGAGAAUAGCUCUACAAGUGAUGGAGAUCGGUCUGUUUCCAGCCAAAGCAGCAGCAGUGUUUCCUCUCAGGUAACAUCGGCAGGAUCUGGGAAAGCUUCUGAAGCAGAAGCUCCAGAUAAACACGGUUCUGCAUCAUUUGUUUCCUUGCUGAAAUCCAGUGUGAAUAGUCACAUGACCCAAUCCACUGAUUCUAGACAACAAAGUGGAUCACCUAAAAAGAGUGCUUUGGAAAGCUCUUCAGCCCCAGCUUCUCAAAGCAGCUCAGAGAUCGAGGUGCCCUUGUUGGGCUCCUCAGGAAGCUCAGAAGUAGAGUUGCCAUUAUUGUCUUCCAAACCUAGUUCAGAGACAGCUUCAAGUGUGUUAACUUCCAAACCUAGUUCAGAGGCAAGUGUUUCAUCAUCUGUUUCUAAAAACAGUUCCUCAUCAGGCACAUCCUUACUGACUCCCAAGAGCAGCUCUUCAACAAAUACAUCGCUGCUAACUUCCAAAAGCACUUCCCAGGUAGCUGCGUCACUAUUAGCUUCCAAGAGCAGCUCCCAGACCAGUGGAUCUCUGGUUUCCAAAAGCACUUCCUUAGCAAGUGUGUCCCAGUUGGCUUCUAAAAGUAGUUCUCAGACAAGCACCUCACAGUUGCCUUCUAAAAGUACUUCACAGUCAAGUGAGAGUUCUGUCAAAUUCUCUUGCAAGUUAACCAAUGAAGAUGUGAAACAGAAGCAGCCUUUUUUCAAUAGACUGUAUAAAACGGUGGCGUGGAAGUUGGUAGCUGUUGGUGGCUUUAGUCCCAAUGUGAAUCAUGGAGAGCUCCUAAAUGCAGCUAUUGAGGCUCUGAAAGCAACACUGGAUGUAUUUUUUGUCCCACUAAAAGAAUUGGCAGAUCUGCCUCAAAAUAAGAGCUCUCAAGAAAGUAUUGUUUGUGAAUUGAGGUGCAAGUCUGUAUAUUUGGGCACUGGCUGUGGAAAAAGCAAAGAAAAUGCAAAAGCAGUUGCAUCAAGAGAAGCAUUGAAGUUAUUUCUCAAGAAAAAGGUGGUGGUAAAAAUAUGUAAAAGGAAAUACAGAGGCAGUGAAAUAGAAGAUCUAGUACUCCUUGAUGAAGAAUCAAGGCCUGUAAACUUACCUCCAGCAUUAAAACAUCCUCAAGAAUUACUGUAAUGGGUCCAGAGUAUCACUGCAUACAGUAUCUGGUAUUUGAAGAGAAAAACUGACUUUUGUAUAGUAUAAAACAGGCUUUCACAAAUUUUGUAUUGCUUUUUUCCAGUUUUGCAGAAAAUUUACAUUCUAGUUCUCACACAGUAGAAGUUGUGAAUAAUUUAUGAAUGACAGUACACAUUACAAGGUAUGCAUUAACAGCAUAUCAGUAUGCUGUUUGAUUUGCUGAAGAAAAUACUGUCUUCUAUUUUUAAUGAUACCUUAGGUACGAUGUGUAGUUCAGUAGAGUCCUAAAAUUUUUGUACUACUUUCAAAUUUGGUGAAAACCUAUUAAGUUGUCUACCAUGUUUUCUUUUCUAGCUGAAUAAACCACAUCAAAGAAAAGGGACCACAGUAUUUGAAUGUUUGAAAGUCUGUAAAGCUUAAGGUUUUAAAAAUGUUGACUGUAAUGUUGAACAUGUCUGUUAAAAAAUAAAAGAAAAAAUAGUUGAUUCAGACUAUUUUUAUGAGAAGUUGUAAGCAUUUUUUAGAGAUAAAGCAGUAUAAAGUACUUAUUGUUAUUUUAUUCUGAAGUUGUUUAAAAUUCACCAUGACUUUGACCGCUGCAGAUUCUUUAGGCGGGUUAAUUUAUGUUUUGAGGUGGAAUACAAUUUACACUUUUUCUUAAAGACAUGAAUGUGGGUUUCUAUAUUAAGCAUAUUUUGUGACUACUAUUAACAGAUUGAUUUGUUUAGACAUUAAAUGCUUUAAGCUAUUUUACCUUUUCAA